AUGAAGCAAGACAUAGAUAUCGAUAGUGCAUCGGAGAAGAAGAUCGAAACCGAGAGCAAUUUUAGCUUCGAUCAUGAUGAAAGUCUUGCUGAAGAUGGUUGGGACAAAUUGUUAAUAUUUAUUGGCAUUUUUGGAAGCGUGGUUACUGGUGUUGCUAGUCCUGCUUCACUUUAUCUCUUUUCCAAAGUUGUGACAGCACUGACUACUAAAUCAACACAGUCAUCAGUGGAGAUUUUUGGUGAAUAUGUACCAUACUAUCUUGGUAUUGGCUCCAUAACCUUUACUCUAGCGUUCUUGCAAAUGUUUGCCCUCAAAGUUUCCGCUCAUCGGCAAAGUAGACGGAUACGACUCCUUCUAUUUAAACAAAUACUAAGGCAGGACAUAGUUUGGUUUGAUGAACAAUCAGCUGGUUCUUUAAUUACAAAAUUGAGUUAUAAUAUUGAUCAAAUUGAGGGCGGAAUUGGAGAUCGACUUGGGACUUUCAUUCAAAAUGUCGUCAGUGCUGCGGCUGCCAUAAUCGUCUCCUUAGCAAUUGGAUGGAAGUUGGCCCUGGUCUCCCUAGCAAUGGCACCGGUAACUCUUGGCUCAUUCAUGCUUCUCGGGUUCGCUUUGCGAAAAUAUUCAGCUAAAGAAGUCGCCGCCUAUGAAAAUGCAGGUUCAGUUGCUUCAGAAAUACUUUCAUCCAUUCGAACUGUUUACGCCUUUGGCCGUCAGCAAAUGGAGACUUUACGAUACGAGCACGAGCUGGGGUCAUCAGCCAAAGUUUUCCUGAUCAAAAGUGUUCUCAUGGGGGUUGGUAUGGGGAUGAUUGGGUGUUCUUUAUUUUGUACCACCGCUCUUCUAUUAUGGUAUGGUGUCGAACUGAUCAUUGAAGAAAACUACGACAACGGUAUUGUAGUUUCUGUUAUAAUGUCAUUCAUUAUCGGAAAUACAAGCCUUGGAAGAAGUCUGCCAGAAAUUGAAUUCUUUGCGAACGCCAUGCAGUCGGCCGCUUCCAUAUUCUCAAUUAUUGAUAGAGUGCCAUCGAUAGAUGUAAUGGGAGAAGGUAAAAUUUUGGACUCAUUUACUGGCAAACUUGAGUUUAAGAAUGUGUCUUUCUUUUAUUCAACAAGACCGGACUUUCAAGUAAGUAUCUGA